ACCGGGGAGACCAGGAAGCUGUGCUUGUGACUUGGAGGAUCAACGGGAAAACACCGUACGCCGAUAUUUUAUGAGUUGGCUUCCAGGAUAAUCACUACGCUCCGUUUUGUGAGAUUUCCUCCCUGUCCUAAGGCAUAACAGCCCUAGAAGACACUAGGACAGCCAUGUCUUAUGGAAAAGCAGACGACUAUCGCAUUGUGCCGAGGGAUUUCACCACCCUCAUACAGAUAUGCAGCUCCAACAUCCAGAAGAUAACACAGAACACUGCUCAAAUCAAGAGCUUGGUGAACCAGUUAGGGACAAAACAAGAUACCAGUCAACUUCAAGAGAGACUGCAACAGAUUCAGCACUAUACCAACCAACUUGCGAAAGAAACCAAUAAGCACCUGAAAGACUUGGGCUCUAUCCCUUUACAGUUAUCACCCUCAGAGCAGAGGCAGCAGAAGAUCCAGAAAGACCGGCUGAUGAAUGACUUCUCUGCAGCGCUCAACAACUUCCAGGCAGUUCAGCGCCGUGCAGCAGACAAGGAAAAGGAGUCUGUUGCCAGAGCCAGAGCUGGAUCUCGCCUCUCAGCUGAAGAUGGGGCUCGUGAUGAACAGCUUGUGUCUUUUGAUAACCAAGAUGAUUGGGGUCAGAUGACCUCACAGAUGGAGGAGGCUGCUAUAACAGAGGAGGACCUGGAGCUCAUCAAGGAGAGAGAGACAAAUAUCAGACAGCUGGAAUCAGACAUCAUGGAUGUAAACCAGAUCUUCAAGGACUUAGCAGUAAUGAUCCAUGAUCAGGGAGAGAUGAUUGAUAGCAUUGAGGCGAAUGUGGAGAGUGCUGAGGUUCAUGUAGAACGAGGUGCAGAGCAGCUCCAGAGAGCUGCCUACUACCAGCAAAAGUCCCGUAAGAAGAUGUGCAUCUUGGCUAUGGUUCUUUCCAUUGUGCUUGUCAUACUUGGCGUUGUUAUUUGGGAGUUGAGUAAAUGAAGGGCACACUCCAUUUCUGUCACUGCCAUAUUUAUCCCCCCCACCCCCACCCCCACCCGCUCCCAUUUUGAGUAUUUGGCUGAGAGAGCAAGAGAUUUAAAAACAGGCAUUGUGCUGAAGACUGGUUCAGUGUAGUGGGAUCUUGGCCAAAGGCCGUCUUCGGUGUGAGGAACUGUAUGAAAACGUGCCAUCAGAAGUCAGUCAACCCUCUUUGGUAACCGUGAGGAAAGAAAAACGAUAUUUAUACUCAGAAAAAGAACAAGAUGCCGGACUAAGGUGGGAAAGGGGAGUGAUUAAGAUCCUGAGAUACCUUCACUUGUUUCAUUUCAUUUUUUUCUUACUUACUGCACUAAAUCUAGCAUCAUAAUUCAUCACAUUCUAAAUGCUAAUAUGAUUAAUCAUGAUAAUAUGAAUGAUUUAAGAAUGGGCACAUAAACAGACACACUAAGCUUAAUGUUUAUGUAAUUUCAUCUCUAGGUUUUAUAGGGUCUGUACAGGCUUGGUUUUGUUUCUUGCAGUUGUACGUGUACAUUUUGGCAUCUUCAGAUGUGACCACCAGAGUGCCACGCUGAAGCCGUAGUCCCCGUGUUGCUCGGGGGAAGUGAUAUGGCAACACGUUUUUGCUAAGCCAGCCUGUGUACAUAGUGAGCCCUCUGGACACAGUAAGUUAAGCCCAGUGCAGGAGUCCUGGUCUGGGGGGGGUCUGUCUUUGCGCAACACGCGGCUUCCUCAGGGCAGCCUGCAGAGCAACAUGGAACCUGCACUUCUUCUGGCUUUGCUGCUGUGGCACAACGGUCAUAGCUGCGAGCAUGUGCUGUAAAAUCAUGACCACAAUGAACUGAAUGUGGGUUAGUGUUAUGAGUCCCCACAUUACCCAGUGUUUAUACAUUUACCAUGAACACACUGUCUGUAAAAUGCAACCUCAGAUUUACAUCAAACAAGUUGUUCAUGUGGUUUCUGUUCAUUUCAUUAAGCGUGAAUAAAGGUCUUUAAGUUAUGUUUUCCUG